AUGUUUUACUUUUUCCUCUUUGCAGGUGGAGAUCACACAAUCACAUAUCCUAUAUUGCAAGCGAUGGCCAAAAAGCAUGGCCCCGUGGGGCUGCUGCACGUGGAUGCCCACACGGACACGGCUGACAAGGCCCUAGGAGAGAAGCUCUAUCACGGGACGCCCUUCCGCCGGUGCGUGGACGAGGGACUCCUGGACUGUAAGCGUGUGGUCCAGAUCGGCAUCCGGGGCUCUGCCAUGACCCUGGAUCCCUACAGAUACAGCUGGAGCCAGGGCUUCCGGCUGGUCCUGGCUGAAGACUGCUGGAUGAAGUCCCUGGUUCCUCUGAUGGGGGAAGUGAGGCAGCAGAUGGGAGGCAAACCCAUGUACAUCAGCUUUGACAUUGACGGCUUGGAUCCCGCCUAUGCCCCGGGGACAGGGACGCCUGAAAUUGCUGGUCUCACCCCUAGUCAGGCGCUGGAAAUCAUCCGGGGUUGUCAAGGCCUGAACGUGGUGGGCUGUGAUCUUGUGGAAGUGUCACCGCCUUAUGAUCCUUCUGGAAACACGGCCCUCCUGGCGGCUAACCUGCUGUUUGAGAUGCUGUGUGUGCUCCCCAAAGUGACAGUUGUCUGA